AUGGAAAAACCUUCGCUGCAACCUUUUGACAUAUCGGAUACUUCAUCGAUUGGAACACGGUGGAGAAAGUGGAAAAGAUCAUUGGAUCUAUUCUUAGAUGUAAGUUGUAUCGCCUUGCCAUCGAGAAAGAAAGCGUAUUUACUCCACUAUGCAGGACAAGAAGUUCAGGAUAUAUUUUAUGACACGGAAGGCAACGAUAAUCCCCCACCUCCGGGAUCGGAUGUUUACAAAGAAGCUAUCCGGAUUCUAGAUGAGCAUUUCGCUCCAUUUGCGAGCGUUCCCUAUGAUCGGUUUUUGUUUCGGAGCAUCAAACAGCAAGACGCCGAGACUGUCGAGAAAUUUACUGCCCGACUUCGGGAACAAGGUCGACUGUGUGAAUAUGGUGCAGCACUUGAUAUGCGUAUUACAGAGCAAAUUUUUGAUAAUUGUCGAUCCGAAGAAUUGCGAGAAGUCAUCCUAAGAAAAAAACUUAUGACGGUUGCCGAUAUUUUGGAACAAGCACGAAUAAUAGAAACUGUGCAGAGAAACAGAGAACAGAUGAAAAGUCCCAACGUGGUCAAUGACACUGAAGUCAAUCUGGCGAGAAUUUCGAAAAAGGAUGUAUGCUAUCGCUGCGGAAACACGGGACACUUCGCGAGCGACAAGCGAUGCCCAGCAAAGGAUAAAACGUGCGACCGUUGUAAUAUAGUUGGCCAUUUUCAUAAAAUGUGUAAAACAAAACCCGAAACUCGACGAUCUAUGAUGAAGAAGCACAAGAAGAAGAUCUGGCAAAUACGUGACAAUUCGGAUGAAUCAUCUCCUGUGGAAGACAGUGAAUGCGAGACUGAUGUAGAAGGAAGCGAAACCGAUGUGCAACAAAUAAAUACAACUGGUGUGAGCCACGAUAAGGUAACUUGCUAUAUAGGCGGCGUUAAGCUGGAUUGGAUUGUGGACUCGGGUGCCCACGUCAACGUAAUCAGUCGCAAGACGUGGUCAUUAUUGAAAAAUCGUGGAUGUACGGCAAACAAUCGACCAAAUCCAAGGAAGUUUUUGCGUGUGUAUGGAAAUGGCAAGCUUAGAGUGCAUAAAGUAAUCAAAACUGAUAUCGCCACUCGUUCGAAGUCCGUUAAUCACAAGGUAUACGUUGUUGACCUUGAAGAUGGUGCUAACUUGCUGUGCAAAAAUACUUCAAUUGCCCUCGGCAUACUGGAGAUUCAUGGCGAAGUGUUUUCUGUGUCGAACGGAGAAUUACCAGUCGGAAAAGUGAAGAAUCUUCAGAGCCUGGUUCAGGACAAGUUAGACGAUUUACUGAAACAAGACAUUAUCGAGCCAGCUCCGUUGAAAAUAACCUGGGCGUCACCGUUGGUAGUCACACCUAAAGACGGAGGGCGAAACGUUCGUCUUUGUAUAGAUAUGCGGCAAGCAAACAAAGCUAUUAUUCCAGAGCGCCAUCCUUUGCCGACGUUCGAGGAGAUAAUGCCACAUCUCGAAGGGGCAAAAAUAUUCAGCAAGAUCGAUCUCAUAAAGGCAUUCCACCAGAUUGAAUUGGCCCCCGCGUCCAGGGAGAUUACAACGUUUGUUACACCAAACGCCUACUACAGGUACAAAAGAUUGAUGUUCGGCAUGAGCUGCGCGGCGGAGAUCUUCCAACGCGAAAUAGAACGCAUUCUGAAAGGCUUACCAGGCACCAAAGUGUUCAUCGAUGACAUACUGGUUUUCGGAGCUACGAAGGACGAACACGACAGGAGAGUCCUUGCAGUAAUGACCAGACUGAAAAAGCAUGGCCUCACAGUUAAUAUGGAAAAAUGCGAAAUUGGUCAACAUUCUGUGAAUUUUAUGGGACACACGUUAUCCGAGAGCGGGAUUCUUCCCAUGAACGACAAAAUAAGCGCGAUAAAGUCUUUUCGUCGACCACGUAAUGCGGUAGAAAUGCGAAGCUUUUUAGGGCUGGCAAACUAUGUGGGAAGAUUUAUCCCAAACUUAUCCACGAUCUCUUCCCCUCUUCGGGAAAUGACUCUAAAAGGUUCUAAAUUCCGUUGGACAGACGAAAGUGAACAAUCUUUUGACAGGAUAAAAACAGCGUUAUCAAAUCCCAAACACUUGGGAUAUUACAGUCCUACUUAUCCUACCACAUUGAUAACGGAUGCGAGCGACUGCGGAUUGGGUGCUGUGUUACUCCAGACUAUAAACAAAAUGCCACGAGUCAUUAGCUAUGCGAGCAAGAGCCUUUCCGCCACAGAAAAAAAAUACUCAACAUUAGAUAAGGAGGCUCUGGCUAUCGUGUGGGCGGCCGAGCGUUUUCAGAUGUAUCUAAAAGGCCUCGAAUUUAUCAUCAUGACUGACCAUAAGCCGCUGUUGAAUAUUUUCAACGAAAAGUCGACACCGAAUCAACGUCAAGAAAGGUGGAUUCUAAGAAUGCAAUCAUUUCGAUAUAAAAUUACUCACGUGCCCGGUAAAAUUAAUAUCGCCGACCCGUUGUCUCGGCUCUCCGAAGUUCUGCGAGAAAACACAUUUGAUAGGCGAACUGAAAAAGAGUUAUACUCCAUUGUUCAAAUUAAUAAACCGCCCGCGGUAACAAUGAACGUGAUGAUCAUGUAUUCUCAGGAUGACAAGGAGAUUCAAGAAGUAAAACGUGCUCUCCAUAACGAUAUAUGGAAUGAUGUAAAAAAGUACAUGCCGUUCAAGUCCGAGCUGUGCUUCGCGGGAGAGGUGCUGCUGAGAAAAAACCGCGUUGUUGUUCCAAGUAAUCUGCGAGAAACGGUCUUAUCGCUGGCCCAUUGCGGUCACCCUGGCCGUGAGAAGAUGAAAAGAAGACUUCGUGUAGCAGUUUGGUGGCCGGGCAUAGACGCGCAGGCCGAGCAAAAGUGCAAAGAGUGUUUUGAUUGCCAACUAGUAGCACCGUUUGAUAAACCAGAACCCAUGCGCAUAAGAGAAUUACCGUCUGCUCCCUGGGUACAUUUAGCUGGCGAUUUCCUCGGACCACUUCCAAAUGGUAAUUAUUUGUUUAUAUUGAUCGAUCUAUACAGUCGUUAUGUGCUCGCUGAGCCUAUGAAACGGACUACCUCCAGCGACGUCAUUCGUGUCCUGAAGCAGAACUUCACUAAGCUGGGAUUGCCAUACGCACUCACGUUCGAUAAUGCAAAAAACUUCUCGAGUCAGGAGUUAAAAGAUUACUGUGUAGACCGUGGUAUAAAACUGCUGCACACUACACCGUAUUGGCCGAGUGCAAACGGGGAAGUUGAGAGGCAGAACCGAUCGUUUCUUAAAGUACUGAAAAUUAGCAGGCAACAAGGAACUGAUUGGAAGGAAGCACUCCAGGAAUACUUGUACAUGUAUGCGGUAACGCCGCACUCGGUAACAGGUGUAUCUCCCGCACAGCUGAUGUUCGGAAGACGUUUUCGUGAUGUAAUUCCUCAUGUUCAUGAUGCCUGGGACGACGGUGAGUUGAGAGAUCGCGAUCUAUUAGCAAAAUGUCACGCAAAGGAGAUCAGGGAUAAGCGAGUCGGUGCCAAGGAAUCCACAGUUACUGUUGGUGACACAGUAUUAAUGAAAAACACGACACUACAGGACAAACUCGCAUCGAAGUUUUUACCGACUCCAGCAAAAAUCGUUAGUCGUUGUUCAAACAGUCUAACCCUUGAAACACCAGAUGGACAAAGUUACAAAAGAAACACAUCUCAUGUGAAACCAUUUGUAAACACUGCAAAACAGAGAGAAACACGCUACGGGGUCACGGAAAUUACACAACCAGAUAAUCAGUCCGUAGCGGCAUCAACGAAAAACAACAUUCUAACACCCGUACGUCAAUCUGUACAAGAAGAAAAAGUCCAAGGUAAAAUUGAGUUACGACCAAGACGAGAAGUAAGGGCUCCCAAAUGGUUUAAUGAUUACACACCGUAA